AUGCCUGCUGAUUCUCAAGCGAUUCCUGAGCCCUCUCACCACCAAGUUGCCUUGAGCGUCCAGUCCGAUUUGAGGGUGAGCAGGUAUGGUGAAUUGCUGGGGCCUCCGAACUUUGUCCUGCUGCCCAAGGAUGAUGGUGAGGCCUACGAUGACAAUAUGGAGGGCGAUGGCGGAACCGUUUUGGAGGGCUUCGACGAGGGCGGUGGAGAAGACUGCGAUAAACUUCCCUACGGACCGACAACUCAGGGAGGCAAAGACCAGUUGACUCCCAACUGGGUUUUCUCCAUCCCACUGAGUCUGUGUAUUAUACAUCUUCUAUCAUAA